AUGCCUACUGAAGCAAAGCUUAAAAAUGAAAUUGACAAAGAUUUACAAUCAGUUCUAAGACCACUAAAUUUGAUGCAAGAUCUUUUCGUCAUGGCCAAAGAUUGGGAGGGUACGAGAUUUUUUAUUUAUAUGAGCAACAUCAACGAUACUAUCUUCUACACUUUCGGUUUUGUUUUAAACAACUGUGUUAACAUCUUCUACAGUGAUAGCAAUAUACUGUUGGUAUUAAAACUUCAACAAGUUAAUAGAAUCCUCAAGAUUAACAGCAAACACCUUAACAGUUUGAUCUCCUUCUAUUGGAGUGGAAUGGCGACGUGUAUAAGGAAAGCGGCAAGAAGCAUUCUAGGAGAAUCAAAAGGGAAUGGAGUGAUAGAGAAGGAAACUUGGUGGUGGGUGGAAGAAGUGCAGAGUGUAUUAAAGGAAAAGAAGAUGAAAUUCAAGGAAUGGCAGCGGACGGAAGACAAUGAUGAUAGUGAAAAAGCACGAAAAAAGGCUGAAUAUGAUGAAUGUAAGCAAAGAAGAUUGUGGCUGUUUCAAGGGCAAAAGCGCACGAGAGGAUGUAUGACUCUAGAUAGCCCAGCUGGUCAAAAUGACUUUACCGAUUGGUUAAAUCUAGGGAGAAAAUGACAAGAGAUGUAUGCCAGAUAAGGUGUGUAAAGAAUGGAGACGGAACGGUCCUUUCGAAUGAUGUGGAGAUUAAAGGUAGGUGGAAGGAAUAUUUUGAAAGACUGAUGAAUGAAGAAAAUGAGUGGAGCGGUGUGCUCCAUCAUAAAGCGGUGAACGAGGGCCUUGUAAGAAAUGUAUGUGAGGAUGAGGUCAGAUUAGCAGUGAAUGGAAUGAAAAAUGGAAAAGCGAUAGGGCCAGAUGGAAUACCAGUGGAAGUGUGGAAAUUAUUAAAGAUGGAUGGAUGGAAAUGGCUGGCUUUAUUCUUCAAUAAGUUGUUGCAAGAGGAAACUAUACCAGACGAGUGGUGCAAUAGUUUCCUGGUGCCCAUUUUUAAGAACAAGGGUGAUGUGUUGAAUUGCAACAACUAUAGAGGAAUAAAGCUAAUGUCACAUAGUAUGAAAGUGUGGGAGAAAGUUAUUGAAAGGAGGCUGAGAGAAGAGAAUGAUAUCGCACGAAAUCA